CCUUCUUAACCAUGUAAUUAAUUAUUUAUUCUCAACACUAGUGCUGAAGAUGGAUUACCGCCACUACGAUUGUCUUCUGGUGGUCGUAAUGUCAAACGGAUAAAAGUGGGAAAAGCAAUCCGUUCGAUACACACGACAUUAAAGAAGUUCGGGCUCACCUCGCACCGGAUAAUUAUUCUCAACUAAUCGGCAAACACCUAAUUUUCGUUCAAGCUAGUUUGCCAAGGAUUUGAAAAUGUGAAAGGCCAGCACGGCAAGACAGUUUUGGUGUCUUGAAAACAAGUGAUGGGCCAGAAGCUGCUUUGUUCGAUUCCAACUGGUCCUUCACUGGCUCGUGCAUCGAAAUAUCGUUCACUGCUGACACUUGCACACUUGCCUACAACACGAAGAUGGACCUAACUGACGCAAAUGCUACCGGGGAACACACCCCUACUGCUGUUCAUCCACAAAAUGAAAAACCGACUCGCCAGGUAUCUAUUCCAGUCGAUCGUGAUGCGCGUGUUUACAACAUGCAACAUAAGCGUAGAGGUAAAGCCUACAUUUUCAACCACGAUCUUUUCGACGCAUCGUUGAAUCUUAGUGAACGAGUUGGAUCGAAAACCGACGUAUCGAAUCUGGAACGUGUGUUAUCCCAACUAGAUUUCGAGGUGUCGUGUUUCCAUAACUAUGGCAUUACUAGUGUCAACAGGAAAAUCAAGCAAUUGGCAGAGCAUGAUCACACUGACAAUGAUUGCGUCGUGGUCAUCGUGCUGUCACAUGGAAUGCAUGGUACAAUUUAUGCAUCGGAUUCUUUCUACCAUUUCGACGACCUGUGGCGUCCGUUCACGUCGGAUAAAUGUCCAAGUUUAGCAGGAAAGCCAAAACUGUUCUUCAUACAGGCAUGUCAAGGCAACAAAAAGGAUGUGGGAUUAACCGUGCAGUUCGAUUCUAAUAAAAUGGACUCAGUUGCUCCUCAAGAAUAUUCCAUCCCAACAAUGGCUGAUUUCAUGAUGGCCUAUUCUACUAUUCCCGGAUACGUGUCUUGGCGCAACACGGAAAAUGGCUCAUGGUUCAUUGAAGCUCUUUGUGAAAUAUUCAAAACAUAUGGCCGGGAAGAAGAUUUGCUCUCGAUGAUGACAAUGGUACUACUAAAAGUGGCCACGCUGGGAAGAGGGUAUUCUCAAAUUCCAUGCGUCGUAAGCCAACUCAUACGCCGUGUCUAUUUCCCCUCCAAACCCACCUGUAAGUCAAAUAGAAGCCAGUCACAAGUAAACCAGUAAGCUGCAUUAGAUGAAACCUUUCGUGCUAAAAGCAGUGCCGUUUAUUCACCGGAGACGACAGAGCAUAGUGGCAAAUGCUUUAUCAGCAAUUCUCGAAUUGAGCAAUGUAUUUCAAUAGCGGGACAAUAACAAGAUAACAAAAAAAAAAUAGAAGACGAUAGUGCGAUGAUACACUUCACCUGGUUGAAGAACAGAUUCUGGAAAAUGUGGCUGGAAAUGCAGAGCUGACUUGUACUUGUUACUGGUACAGGGUAAUUGUUAAAAGAAGCGAAAUUACCUGAUUGACAGCGUCAGGGAAAUUUUGGGCUUCAAUGGCCAAUCCACCGUGAGUUGAGUAAAUCGAGCCGUCUUUGCCAACUAACGAACCAUCUGCUGGAAAGCCAUUACCCGUAUAAAUUUGACAACCUGGUUGAUCACUGAAUAACUCCAACAUUCGACCGGACUCGGAAUGCCAAAUUUUGGCUACCAAGGGGAGUUUGUUGUCGAACUUGAUCGUGCUAUCAUUGAUGACAAAGUUAUGAUCGUAGCCACCCCCCGGAAUUUUCUCGAUAACGUCUCUCAGUAGCGUUUCUGAUCUUAAGUCAAAAACCGUACCGUCCACAUUAGCGAGCUGUCCAGUAGGGAUCUGCCCAGAGUCAACGGGGGUGUAUUGAUUAGCAGAUAGUAGAAUGUGAUGAUUCAGCAGUUGCUGACUUCCAGCAUUAUGACCGGCCAAAUUGAAAUACGAAUGAUUGGUGAGAUUGACUGGUGUUGGCCUGUCUGCCAGCGCUCUGUAAUCUAUUAUUAACUCGCUGGAAUCGGUUAACCUAUAGCCACCAAUUUUUAAUGGCAUAUUUCCUACAUUGUUAAAGCGUGUUGUCAUAUUUACGUGUACGUCACUUGAACGAACAGAUGACCGGGGUAACCCUCUUCCAUGUGGGGACUCGAAUGAGUGAAAGUGAUCCUUCCAUCUCGGUGAGCAUAGGCUUGCCAAACUACCUUAUCGAAUCCCACAUUUCCUCCGUGCAGGUGAUUAUCGCCGUUGUUUUUUGCUAGUUGAUAUUCUAUACCUUGUAAAUUAAAAUGCCCUUUUGCUAUUCUAUUGGCUACUCGCCCUACUGUAGAGCCAAAGUAAGGGUUUUCAGAUUUGACAUACCCUGUGGGAAAACAUUCAAAUGUAGCAUGCACAAGCAUUCAAACUUAA